AUGUUGUUCUUGUCUACAUUGUACAAAACAGCAUUGGUGUUGGCUACAGCUGAAGCCUCUCUAUUCAAUAAUAAAAGAGAAGAUAACCAAAAUACAACCACCAUCUUUCCAAGUGCGACCAACUAUCAUAGCGCUGGCUAUAAUGUCACAUAUGACCCUUCUUCUUUUAGCUCUGUUGACACCAGCUCAAGCUCUUUAUUGAACAUAUACACCAACACAUCCACAGUGAAAACCACCGUUGUGACCACUGGUACUACCACCCUUGCUCCAAUCACCUUGACCAGCACAGUUCAUGUUUCUAAUACCGUGGAUACUAAAGAUGCUACCGGACUUUCAACUUCUGGUAACGUUGUUUACUCCGAAUCGAUUGUCAAUUUGGGCGCUCAAUCUAGCGCUGCAACUUCCGCUUCUUCGUUGACCGCGGUUGCUGGUCAAGCUUCUAGUUAUGUCGUCGUCUCUUCUGCUAAUAAUGCUAAUGUCGCUGUUCAACCUGACACCAGAACCACUACUCAAUUGGCCACCACAGCCGUGGUGGUUGUUAAGACCUCUGCGGUUACCAAAACUCACACCAUUUACAAGGCCUCACACACUCCAUCGACUACCGCCAGUGGUACAAUUAUCACCACUAACCCAACCAGUAACUCGCAGCCAUUGAUCAGUAACAAAAUCAGUAGUUCCAGCGUUGCACUCAGCGUUACCAACACUGCUUCGAGUGUCGUGGUCACCGGUGCUAUUUCUAAAUCAACUACAUCCUCUGAUUCUACUGCUUCCUCUGCUUCCUCUGCUUCCUCUGCUUCUGCUGCCUCCUCCACUUCCAUUGCUGGCUGCCUCAGUAGUUACAGCAGCUCUGGUUACAACCUCACUUCUCUAGUAAAUUACACCAACAUCUGUGAUGAAACAGAAACCACUUUCUCUGGGAAUUUAUUUGACAAAAUCUCUGACGAUGCGCCGCCUUCUAUCUUCACUAGAGAAGAACAUCCAUUAUCCAUUCCUGCAGGUGUAUUCAACGAUCGUCCAUACGAAACCAAUAAGUUUUACGCCAACUUGUUUUUGUCUGAGCAAACUGACCCUAUUUGGUCUUACCCAUAUGGUCUCUUUUAUGAUAAGUCAAGCAAGUAUGGUUGGGGUGUUUCUUAUUCUGAUGCCGCUGAUGAGAUCUUGGGAACUGACGUCCACAUUUCUACUAAAGGUGCUGAUUACUUGACAACCCCAGUCGGUGUCGCUGGUUUGCUUUACUCUGCUACUACUUUUGAUUCUGGUAUCUCAAUGACAGUAUCUGAGAUGAAAGAUAUGUCAGUUAAUGUCAAAUUGGCUCAAGAUAAUUCUUCUACUGAUUACAUUGAUAUUCCAACUGUUCAAGGCCAAGGUUUCAUCACUGCAAUCUAUCAUGGUUCCUUGAUUCCAGAACUUAAAUCUAGUAUGGCAAUUACUGGACUUACUCAAGAAGCCUCAUCUGCUUUGGCAAAUGGCACUUCCAAAUUCAAGGCUACUUUGUCCAAUGGUGAUAGCUGGCUUGUAUACGUCACUUCUUCCAACUCUGUUGCAAACUUUACCAUAAACUCUUCCAACUACAUCCAAGCCGAUUCUGCAAUUGACGGCUUAAUUAUCCAAGUGGCUGUUGCUCCAAAUGCCACUUCUUCUGAAAGUUACUAUGAUAUGACUGCCGGUAUGUACUCAACUAAGGCCACCGUCAACGGGGAAGUCACCGACGGUACUGACGCUACCUAUGGAUUCACAUACUCCACUUCUGGUUCCUCUACUUCUGGAAAGCCUUUGAUUUUUGCCUUGCCUCACCAUCUUUCCUCUUUGUCCUCUGCAACUUCUAAAACUGCCACCGGUAUUGCUCUCCAAUCUACUACCAAGGGUGUUAUGUACGGUUUCAUUGCUGAUCAAUUGCUCAUGACCGAAACUUUGAACACUGCGAUCCAAUUUGCACCAUGGUCCCAACAAUUGAACUCUACUGAAGUGUCUUGGACAUCAGACCAAUUAACUUUGUUGGCCUCUGUUGCUGAAAGCGAUUUACAAGCUAACAUCAAGGACAGUGUUUCUGGAAUCGAUACUUACACCGCUGGUAAGCUUUUGGAUAAAUUUGCUUAUAUCUUGUAUGUGCUUUCUGAUGUUUUGCAAGAUUCUAAUGCGACCGUUACAACUUUAGAAAGUUUGAAAGAAGCUUAUGCGGUUUUUACUUCCAACAGCCAAGAGUUCCCAAUGAUGUACGACACCAAGUUCGGAGGAGUUACUACUACCGCCAACAACGAUGGUGAUAUGGGCCUGGAUUAUGGUGCUGGUUACUACAAUGACCACCAUUUCCAUUACGGUUAUUUUGUUCAUGCUGCUGCCCUUAUUGGUUAUGUUGAUUCCAAGUACGGUAAUGGUACCUGGGCCGACUCUAACAAGGAUUGGGUUAAUUCUUUAGUUAGAGAUGUUGCUAACCCAUCAGAGGACGAUUCCUACUUCCCAGUCUCCCGUAUGUUCGAUUGGUUCAAUGGUCAUUCUUGGGCUGCCGGUUUGUUCACUUCUGGUGCUGGUAAAAACGAAGAAUCCACAUCUGAAGAUUACAACUUUGCCUAUGGUAUGAAGCUUUGGGGUAAGGUAAUUGGUGAUAGUGCUAUGGAAAGCCGUGGUGAUUUGAUGAUUGCUAUCAUGAAGAGAUCCUUGAACGAUUACUUCUACUAUUCUGACGACAACACUGUUGAACCAUCCGAAAUUGUUGCCAACAAGGUCAGUGGUAUUUUCUACGAAAACAAGAUUGCUUACACAACCUUCUUUGGUGAUAAUGUUGAGUACAUCCACGGUAUUCAUAUGUUGCCACUUACCCCAGUGAGUAGUGAAAUGAGAGGCCCAACUUUUGCUGAAGAAGAAUGGAAUGAUUACCUUUCCUCUAUUAUUGACGGGUUGGAUAGUGGCUGGACCGGUAUCUUGAGAUUGAACCAAGCCUUAUUUAACCCAUCCUCUAGUUAUGAAUUCUUCAGCCAGAGUGAUUUCCUGACAAAAUGGUUGGAUGAUGGUCAAUCUAGAACCUGGUGUUUAGCCUUCUCUGGUGCUUUGGCGAAUGGAGUUUCCCAAUAA